CUCAUUCAGCCAUGCACCGGCAGCGAGCUUUCCUUUCCUUUUUCCUACAGCAGCGACACAAACUCAACAGCAAGGCAAAUGGACAAACCAAACCAGAGAUAAACUAAGGCGCACUUGUCAUAUAAACUGACAUUUCGGUCAUCCACAUGCACCAGCACCAGUAAACAAAAAGCCGCAUAAACAGAUCUGCUGGUAACUUUGUGAGUACAACUUUUUGGAGUCAACAGCGAUAAAGAGAGUGAGGGGGCGGAACCCUGCUGAGCCCCUGCGCUGAACGACAGCCAAUCGCUUCGUUCUUCUAACUGCCAGUCACCGAAAUCCGUCCAAUACCCGCAGUGCCAUUUCUAAACUGUAUUCCCCACUGUGUCCUCCAACUGUUGUAUGUUCUGCCAAUCGCUUGAGGACAGAGUGGGAAAAGGAGCAAGCAGAGUUAGAAGCCGGACAAAAGAACUUAUAGACCCCUUAUAUACAUAUUCUCCUUAUGUUUUAGAGAGCGUGGUGUGGUGAAAAACAAUUGCGGUGAGUGCGGAUGGACUUGUCAGUGUAGUUAUGGAGCCCCCUUUAAGCAAGAGGAAUCCAGCGAUAAGAUUAGCGGAUUUGGCAGCGACUCAACCCCUUCCUCAUCAGAAUAUGACAGGCUUCCCGGGGCUAGGGGGGCAUCACCCUCUCUCCCACCAUGCACACCUCCACCCUGGGGAGCUGGGCAACGACCCUGGAGUGGCACUCACUCCAUUUGGACCAGAGCACAUGGCACAGACAAAUGCUCUCAAACUUAGCCCAUCUCAGCACAUUCAGAGCCAUCCCGAAGCCCAGACCGCGGCAUCUUUCACUUCUGCUCAGACCACAGUUGGUUUCCCCGUGGCUCACCCCCACUCAGGCUACUCAAGCAGCAGGGACUUCAUCCUCAGGAGAGAACUCUCAGCCUCUGCUAUGCAUGCACUUGGCGACCAGCAUAGUUCCGCCUCCUCCCCUCAUCACCAUGGCAUGUUCAUCUCCCCAACAGGUGCUUAUGGGCAUACAGAAAGUGGGGCCCAUUCACUUUUCACUGGACUUCACGAUCAGGCAUCCCCAGGUGCCCACCACCAUCAUGCCCUCAACGGGCAGAUGCGUCUGGGUAUUCCGGGCGACAUCUACGGCAGGCCAGAGCACUUCGGGCACAGGCCAGAGCACUAUGGACCCUCUUCUCUCCACAGCUACAACUCCAUGAACCUCAAUGUGAACAUCGCUUCUGCUCCUCACGGAGCGGCGGGGGCGUUUUUGAGAUACAUGCGGCAGCCCAUAAAGCAAGAGCUAAUCUGCAAAUGGAUUGACCAGGAGCAAAGUCAAAAGAAGCCCUGCUCGAAAACUUACAGCACCAUGCACGAACUGGUCAACCACGUCACGGUGGAGCACGUCGGGGGACCGGAGCAGAGCAGUCACGUCUGCUUUUGGGAAGAAUGUCCCCGAGAAGGGAAGGCUUUCAAAGCGAAGUACAAACUGAUAAAUCAUAUCCGAGUUCAUACCGGAGAGAAGCCCUUCCCGUGUCCUUUCCCGGGUUGUGGAAAAGUGUUCGCUCGAUCGGAGAAUUUAAAGAUUCACAAGAGGACGCACACAGGAGAGAAACCAUUCAAGUGCGAGUUUGACGGCUGCGACAGAAAAUUCGCCAACAGCAGCGACCGGAAGAAACACUCUCACGUCCACACCAGUGACAAGCCUUACUACUGCAAAGUCCGUGGCUGUGACAAAUCGUACACACACCCCAGCUCUCUGCGGAAGCACAUGAAAGUGCACUGCAAGUCCCCGCCGCCCCCUUCCACCAACGUCACCUACAUUUCCUCCACAAACCCUCUCGGAGACCCUCUUUCGUCCAACUCUGAGCCGCACAGAAACCGCUCUGCGAACCUUUCCCCUCAGGUCAGCAACCUCAACGAGUGGUAUGUAUGCCAGGGGAGCGGAGUUCCCAACCACCUCCACACCCCCUCCAGCGAUGUGCCGACGUCAGAUUCAGACGACGAGGACUCUUUCAGAAAUUCAGACCCAAGGACAAUGCUCUGACGCCCGUUUACAACCAACGGACUGUCACACUUGUCACAUAGCUGACUCAUCUAAACGAACAGAUCCAUGCUGGCCCGUGCGCUUGGGAUAUCGAUCAGCUGUUUUCACUGUAAUAUUAUUAAAUGACUUGUGCUAAACGCAGCUAUAACACACUUAUCGUGGAUGCAAUGCUGGCCUAAUUACAGGUGGAAGAAAUGUCUCUGAUGUGACGCCCCGACCUACUGUAAAGCGUAGCUCGAUAUGAAAAGUUUAAAAAAGCUUCUUAUUUGCUUCUUGUUUGAAAGGACCAAAAAGUUCAAAGUGAGAGAAUUUGAUUAGACAAACUGAACAAUCAUUUUUAACAGAAGCAAUAAGCAGGGUUGAAUUAACUGCAUGUCUUAAGACUCAAGUGGGGUGCUGAAAUGACACGUUUCAUGUGACCUCCCAUCAUCCCCUUGCAGUGUAAUAACUGGCCUGGUAUCAAUCACUGUCAAGGAAAAUAAAUGGUACUCCUUGUAAACACCACUAAUGGCAACAAAUAGUAAAUGGACAAACUGUAGAAGAAGAGCUUUUUGUUUCAUGUGAUUUCUCUAAAGAUGUGGUACACAUUUAAUCCAGCAAGGGGGAAAAAGAGGAGGCAAACAUCUGGGUGUCUUAAGGGUUCUCAUUUACCUUUUCAGAUUUAUACAAUACAUGUGUUUGGAUGGAGUUUUGUAAUAUUUAAGAACUAUUUAAGUCUAUAUUUUAUGCACAAUAGCUCGUUAAAGAGUAGGAAUAAGUCCCCUGAGACCCUAAAUGUCUACACUGACAGGCUUUGACCCUGUAGAAUUUGUAUAUAUGUAACUGUACUGAUGAUGCUCGUGAAUGUUGUGUAGUUUUAAUUACAAAAAUGUUGUUUUGUACAUUGUAAUUUAUUUGCUGGUAUCAGUGUUGUACUGGAAUUACAGAAACACCAAAGAAUAAUAAUAUCAGUUUUGGUGAUGCGUUGUACCCUGCUGAUGUUUUUUGUUUGUCUACCCCCCAAUUUUUAAAUUUUUUAAAAAUAUAUAUAUUUUAAUUGUGUUCUGUAAGAGAAGAAAACAUUUACUUGAAUAGGCUGUGUAAUGUGAAAAGUCCCUUUCUUGCAUGCCUUUUGUAGUUAUUUGUCUUUCUCUUUGAGUUGCAUGGUGCCAUUGCACAUGAUGGACAAAAAAAAAGAUUGUGCAGAAUCUUGAUGUUCAAAUUUUAAUUUAAAUAUAAACUCUUGAUACAAUAAUUAAAAAAUUACAAGGACAUAUACAGCAAUAAUUAACAAGUGUCAAAUCAUUAUGAUGGGCGAAUUGCAUUCAAUAUUUUAGACAUCAGAAAAUAUUAGAUGGACUAUUAGAACAACCUUAGCUGGAUUAUGGCUUUUUCAAAAAUAUACUUAAGAUUUACACUUGAUUUGAAGUGUAAAUACGAGACAACAAAACACCAAUGUCAGUCUCACCUCAAAAGUAGAAGCAGCUCUGUUCACUCCUUGACAUUUUUAGAAAAUAUCCACUUACUUCAGUAGCAGGCCUAACGGGCCAAGGAGGCUGGUAUAAACUAAUCACUGAGCUAAUGGAAAAACCUAUAGCCCCCUGAUGGCGCUACCUCUGAAAGGCGCGACAGCUCAAAGCAGCCUAUGCAUGAAUCAUUCAUGGGAAAAUAAAAGAUAAAAGAUAUGUGACAAUAAGCAAGGCCUUGUAUAGAGUGUAUAAAACAAGUUCCCCCUCUUAUUUCCUCCAUUAAAACGCACAAUCUCACUUUCAAAGAGUUGCCUGUCCAGUCUAUAGAAUUAGAAUUGACCAACGCGAGUCCUGCACCACUUCAAAGGCUGCAGCUUCUGAGAGGAAGGCUGGUCGCUUUGACAGUCUUCAUGGUGUGUUAGGAUUUCUGUGGCAUUUUGGGUAGCUGGGUAUGUCUGGCUGAAAAACACAAACUACCACUAAGUGAACAACAAUCAAAGCACAAAAUGCACCCCCUCCAGAAAUGUUGGUUUCUACAAAUAUACUGUUGGCAGCUUCAUGACAAAUAAGCUCCAUUUGCCUGGUGAGAACUGGACAAAGUCAAAAAGGAAAAAAGCAAAGGGACUUUCGUAUAAAUGUACACCUUGUAAUAACCUUGAAACGUAUUCUGGGUUUCAACACUGCGUCAAUUAGGAUGCACUUGACUCGGGUCAGCUUUGGAAGGCUGUGGCCAUAAAACGCACACAAUCAGCACUGGAGUGCGAACAGUCUCAAGUAUUAAGUUAAUUUUACAGCCUAAGAAAAGAACCACUUCAGCAGAAUGACAGAUUUUAAUAAAAGACAACUGCAGGUCGAUCUAGUUGUAAAAUAGGGCAUUAUAAGCGCCUUCUAAGGCCUUCUUUAAAAAAACAAAACACAUUAUGUACUGCUGCAUUCAAAGUCAAAGCACUCGUGGCCCUCCUCUCGUUUUGUGCAUGAACUUUUAUAGGGGUACGGGCCUCAAGAGUAGCCUGCUCUUGUAGGUCCUGUUUGGAAACAAGUGCUCAAUGAAUGUUACAAAAUAAACACGAUGAAAAAUAACCAGAGACUGUUCCUUCGCCAUUAAAAGAGGGGAGACUUAAUAAAAGGAGUGAAGCAGUCACCCUUCAGUGAGAAACGCUUUGAAGUAGAACUUAUUAUCUGAGAAAUACUUUUUGGUUGUCCUAACGACGCUGCUGAAUGGGAAAGGCGCUCCUUUGUCAGCGAUUUGUUCUCCUUUAGUGGGAUGCCCGUGGAAAUCACUUACAUGGACCAUCUUAACAUACUGCCUGCAAAUCA